AUGGCCCCAGGUGCUCUCAUUGACGAGCCCGUCCAGCCCUCUCAGGGCCCCUGGAAGGGCAAGAACGACGAUGCUCCCAGAAACAUCUUCCCCGACGGCAUCCGCACUUCAGGACAGCACAACCCCCUCUACGACGCUCUCAAGCCCUACGCCGAGUUCCCCAAGGAAAUCUCAGGCCCCACGGUCUGGCACAAGGAGGAGUUUGAGCAGCAGCCUGAGAAGUGGACGCACCGCUUCACCCCAGAGGAGGUUGAGGAGCUCGGCCGCACCUCUGACGCCUUUAUCGCCAACAACACCCCUCUGACGGGUAUCUCCAAGUCCAACUUCCCCCUCCCAACACUAGGCAAGCGCCUCACCGACCUCCGCAAAGACCUCAUCGACGGCAAAGGCUUCGUCCUCUUCAAGGGCUUCCCCGCCAACGAAUGGGGCCCGCACAAGACCGCCGUCGGCUACAUGGGCCUCGGCACCUACCUCGGCUACUUUGUCUCCCAAAACGGCCGCGGCCACGUCCUGGGCCACGUCAAGGACGUCGGCGACGACCCGACCCAGAUCGAUAAGGUCCGCAUCUACCGCACCACCGCUCGCCAGUUCUUCCACGCCGACGACGGCGACCUGGUCGGCCUCCUCUGCGUCCAGCGCUCCGCCGAGGGCGGCGAGAGCGACCUCGUCAGCAUCCACGCCGUCUGGAACGAGCUCCAGCGCUCCCACCCGGACGUCGCGGAGACCCUGACCAAGCCGAUCUGGUACUUUGACCGCAAGGGCGAAGUCUCCGAGGGCCAGGAGGAGUGGACGCGCCAGCCGGUGUUCUACAUCGAGAACGGAGGGCAGCGCCGCGUCUACUGCAAAUGGGACCCCUACUACGUGCGCUCGCUGACGCGCUUCUCCGACAAGGGCGUGAUCCCGCCGCUGAGCGAGGAGCAGCUGCACGCGCUCAAGACGCUCGAGGAUACGUGCCAGAAGCUGGCGCUGCACAUGAUUCUCGAGGUGGGCGAUAUCCAGUUCCUGAGCAACGCGCACCUGCUCCACGCGCGGACGGCGUAUACGGACCACCCCCACCCGGCGCCGCGCCGGCACUUGUUGCGCUUGUGGCUUUCGACGCCCGAGAGCGAGGGCGGAUGGGUGCUGCCUUUCCCUGAUAGUAAGGAGUUGAAGAGGGGUGGUAUCCAGGUGAACAAUGUGCCUCCGCGCGCGCCGUUGGAUGCGGAGUAG